GAAGAGCUUUCUUUCAUAACUCUUAGAAGCUCCGGAUCAGAGAGAGGUCAUCUUCAAAAUCCCAUCUUUUGAAGAUUUUUAAGGUUUGCUGAUCCAUAAUGGUCAAUGCCACUAGAGGACUGUUUAUCUCUUGUGACAUACCUAUGGCACAGUUCAUCAUCAACUACAACAAUUCACUGCCGCAAUCACAAAAGUUCAUUAUACACGUCUUGGAUGGGACUCACCUCUUUGUGCAACCCCAUGCAGCUGAGAUGAUAAAAAGUGCCAUUUCAGAAUUUAGAGACCAGAAUUCUUACGAGAAGCCUACUUAAAUAUCUUCUAUGGACCAGAUGUUUACAUUGUACCUUGAUUUCGAUCAUCCUUUUAUCUUGAAAUUAGUGAAUUUCAGCUCUACAUGAGUAAGCAUUUACCUCCGUGUGAACACACAAAAGAAGUUAAAGAACUGUGAGGUCUGCUUGCAUUAUCCACUUAUAUUGGAUUGAAUGUUCAUGAAGGGAACAUUGCUCUCAUUUUGGUCUUAAGAUAGCACAUUUGAUAACUCGC